AUGCAUGAAUCUGAUGAAUGCGAUCUUCCGGAAGACCUGAUUUGGGAAAUCUUGCUGUGGCUUCCAGGGAGGCUCCUCCUGCUGCUGAGGACCGUCUGCCGUGCAUGGAAUUCCUUCAUCUCCAGCCAUGAAUUCGUCAUGCACCACCAUCAACGCUCAACUCAACCUCGAUUAGUGUAUUGUAGUUUGGAAUCUGAGGGGCUUGACAUCAUGCAGUGCUCUGUAUCAUCUCUUCUUUAUAAUCAGCUUCAACCAACUAGAAUCGAGCCACUUCAUAUUAAAUACAAAAGCAUUCAGGGAUCUUGCAACGGGUUGCUUUGCUUGUGUGAAGGUCUUCCCUAUAAAAAUCUAACGUUGUUCAAUCCUUGUACCCGUUGGGUAUCCCUAAUAGUUCCAUUCGAGUACCCCAACGGCGAUGAUCGACACCCUGUAUUUUGUGGCUUAGGGUAUGAUGCCCUACGUAAUAAGUAUAAGUUUGUUACGUGUUCUAAGACAUCUAUUACUGUCGGUGGAUUGGGAAGUAGAGCUAUAGUUUGCACCUUGGAUGCAAAUCCUUCUUGGAAAACGGUUGAUCAUCCAAUGUUUCCAUAUUUUACAUGGUGUCAUAGCGGAACAUUCGUGAACGGCACUCUCAAUUGGAUAGCGCAUGAUCCUAGUAAGAAUCGGGAGGAUGAUGAUCCAUUUAGACUACUAUUGGAGUAUUUCAUUCUUACCUUUGAGUUGGAAACGGAGUCCUUUGGUCGAUUACGCCUACCUAGAAACAGCUUCUUUGGUCGAUUACGCCUACCUAGAAACAAUCACACUCUCUCAGGCUUCUUUGAGGACGUCCCUUCUUUGCAUGUUCUCAAGAACUUUCUUUCUAUAUGUUUUCAUCCUGCCUAUGAUAACACAGCUGCUUACACUAUUUGGAUAAUGAAGGAGUAUGGAGUUGAAGAAUCUUGGACUAUAGUGUUAAGAAUCCCAUUCAACGGUAGAAUAAUCACGCCGGGUAACUGGCUAGAACCCUUGUACAUGUCAGAAGAUUAUAUUCUUUUGGCAUACGGAGAAUUUUAUCGGGCCAAAUUGCUUGUGUAUAAUUUUCGUAGAAGAGAAGUAGUUCAUCCUAUGAUUGAUAUCUCAAGUGACAGUUUGUCGAUUUAUCCUUUGUCUAAGUUUUCAUAUGGAAAGUUUUUUCAUGUUUACCAUGAAAGUUUGGUUUCAUGUUUCCCCUAA